AUGAAUCGAAAAGGAUUCGGAAAUCAUCGUUCCGGUGGAGGAGGUCAUCGCGAUGCCAAACAGUUAUCUCGCAAUAAAAGUCGAUUUGCUCGCCUCGACCCGGACAUCCAAAGCAGAUAUGACGACCUCGAUGACGAUCCAGCAGUGCCAGUUGCAGUCCGUACCAAUACCAAUUCUGCAAACAACCGCGGGCGUGGAGGUGCUCAAGGAAAUCCGUUCUCUCGUUCCUCCACAUCUAUCGCUAAUACAGGCGUUCGUAACGCUGAUCUUGUAUUCAAAUGCCGCGCCGUCGGAGCAGCCAAGAAAGUCGAAGCGAAAUGGCUCAUCAAGCAACUUAAUCAAAAAAUCGAGAAUUUCAAGCCAUUACUUUGGGAUGAGAACAACCGUGGCGACUUUGAAUGGUUCGUUCGCGAUGAGGACAUCGCGUCAACUAUCAAGAUGAACAGUCGCCGUAUUCUUCACAAAGAGACUGGAACAAGAGUUGAGCUCGUUUACACCAGAGUUCCAGCUCCAUGGAUGCAAUUAAAACGAUCAGAGAUAGAAAUUAUUCAUAAAGUUGUCGACAAGCGUUACAACGCCGACCUCCGCAUUCUUGACCUUUCCGAGUUCCACGCGGACGAAGAGUUCACAUCAAAAGACAUGCUAAUGAAUCUCACUAAAGGAAAUGUUAUGCUCACAGUUCUUGAUCGUAUCGAUGAUAAAUACGGAAACAUCGUGGCGCUUUCACUUGCUAGAAAUCGCAUUCGCCAUUUGGAUUACGCAUCAGCUCUUGUCUCCAUCGCAAAGUUUGUUAAAGAAUUGGACUUCAGCCACAAUCACAUUUCUGCCGAAAAGGAUUUGGAUAAAUUUGCCGGAUUACCAAUCGAAAAGUUCUUCUUCGAAGGAAAUCCAAUCGUCGAAACGUUCACACAGAAGUCUUCAUAUAUCAGCUAUAUUCACAAGACGUUCCCGAGAUGCUACCUGCUGGAUGGAGUCGAAGUGGAGCCCCUGGUCACUGGACCUGAAGUCAACAUUAAUGAUGCAAUGCCAUUCAGAGCCGGAUACUACCCAACAGCACAAAUUCGUGUUCUUGUCGAACAAUUCGUUGUAUCAUUCUUUGACCUCUAUGAUGGAGCCGAUGGACAAAGAACUCGGAGGAAUCUUCACAACGCAUAUGAUGCUGAUGCAUCUGUUUUCACACUUACUGUCAAACAUUUGAGUGGAUCACAAUUCCAAAGACAUCACAAUGACGACUGCUACCGUCAAUAUGCUCAAUUAUCGCAUAAUGUUCUCGAACAAGAACACUUCGCUCGCAAUCGUGCCAAUCGGCAAGCUCGCGGAGCUAUGGAUAUUGCAGUUGCCUUGUCAAAGCUGCCAACCACUCAUCACAUGAAAGAUACAUUCAUCGUUGACGUCUUCCUGUACACAAACGAUCUUCUCGGAUUCACAGUUCAAGGACUAUUCCUCGACGGAGACUUAACCAAGGACCCAUCUCCAAGCUACUUCAGCAGAUCGUUCCUCGUUUCUCCCAGAGAGAAUAACGCUGUGGCUGUUCUUUCCGACCAACUAUUUAUAUCGACAGCAUCAGUGGAACGACUAGAAAAGUUCAAAAAGUUGUACGACCAAUCAGUAGCAAACGGAGCAGCAGUCGAACAAAUCAGCGCUGUUCAAAUCGCACAGAUCGGUGUUAAUGGAAUUGGAUUCGACGGUGCUCCACCACCAGAGACCCGAAAAGCAAUGACGGAGGCGAUGUGCCAAUUCAGUGGAAUGAUUGUACCAUACAGUGAGAAGUGCCUCGCUGAUUGUGGAUGGAAUUAUGAAAUCGCCUGCGCAAAGUUCACGGAAAUAAGAGCUUCGAUUCCAGCCGAAGCGUUUUCUCAAUAA